CUUAACAUAUCCUUCCUUCUCCUUUGCCAGAACAGACUCCCCAAACCCAAGCAUUUGUUUCCUCCAAGCUAUUUUGAAGCACAAAUUAAUGGCUGACCUUAUCCUGAGUCCCGUUGUGGAUACCAUAAUUUCCAAGCUGAUUUCAGCAACUGCCGAGCAGAUCAGCAAUGCUGUCAACUGGAAGCAGGAGCUUACAAAGCUCCAGAACAAACUGAAAAUGAUCCAGGCUGUGUUAAAAGAUGCUGAAGAAAGGCAGGUCAGAGACCCUGCUGUGAAGCUCUGGCUUGAGAAGCUCAGGGAUGUUGCUCGUGAGGCUGAUGAUGUGCUGGAUGAAGUUGCUUAUGAAAGUGUGAAGCGGAAGCUGCUUAUUCAAAACCAGAUGAAGAAAAAGUUGGGUUACUUCUUCACUCUCUCCAACCCUAUUGCAUUUCGUAUCAGGAUGGCUAAUAAAAUUAAGUCUCUUAUUGCAUUAGUAUCUGAUAUUAACAAUGAGGCCCAACAGUUUGGGCUUCAACCUAGACUUGCGGCUGGUACGGUUUCUCAAUAUAGGAGAAACCCACAAACUCACUCCUUAGUUGGUGACGUGUCACAAAUUGUGGGGAGGGAUGAUGAUAUCUCCAAAAUAGUGCAUUUCUUGACCGAAUCAACUGAUCAAUUGCCCCUUAGUGUCUUGUCUAUAGUGGGCAUGCCGGGUCUCGGCAAAACUGCAUUAGCACAAUGUGUGCGUAAUAAUGAGAAAAUCCAGAAGUAUUUUGGGAAAGUCAUGUGGGUUUGUGUGUCUGAAAAUUUUGAUGCGGAAAGGAUUGUGGUGGAAAUGCUGGAGUCUCUUACCAAGAGUUCAUGUGCAAUUAGGAACAAAGACACUGUGGUUCAGACAAUAAGAGAGGAGUUGGGGGAAAACAAGUUUCUUUUGGUGCUAGAUGAUGUGUGGAAUGAAGAGAGUGAGAAAUGGAAAGACUUGGAAAGCUGUUUGUUAGGAAUAUAUAGAAAACUGGGGAAUAGAGUUGUUGUGACAACUCGUAGUGAAAGUGUUGCAUUGAAAAUGGGAACUCGUGCAGCACACAUGCAUCAUCUUGGGCAACUAAAAGAUGAUGAAUGUUGGUCUAUCAUCAAGCGGAGGGUAUUUAGAGAUGAUCCUGCACCUCCAGAGUUGGUGGAAAUUGGAAGGAAUAUUGCUAAAAAAUGUGAAGGUGUGCCAUUAGUCGCAAGUGUUAUAGGGGGAACCUUGUGCAUAAAAAGGCCAGAUACAGUUGAGUGGUUGUCAAUUGAAAGUAAGAUUGAUGAAUUGGGUCCACUUGAACACAACAAUGGAAUCAUGCCUGUAAUACAAUUGAGUUUUGAUCGAUUGCCAAAUCCAGCUCUAAAGCAAUGUUUUGCUUUUUGUUCUAUUUUUCCCAAAGACCAUGUCAUGGAAAAGGAGAUUUUAAUUCAGCUAUGGAUGGCUGAAGGAGAUGGCCAACUGCACACGUUGUUUUUGAAGAAUGGUUUUUCUCGUGGGAUGUCUGGAAAUUUCAGAAGGUUGCGGGUCCUUAGUUUUUGUGAUGCUACUGAUACUGAAGAAUUUCCACCAUGCUUUGGCAACAUGAAGAGUCUAAGAUACUUAGACAUCUCAAGAACUAGAAUAGCAGCAUUGCCCAAGUUUGUCACUGAGUUAUACAAUUUACAGACAUUUAGAUUCAUGAACUGCAGGUCUCUCAAAAUGCCUGCCAAUGGAAUAAAAAACUUAAUCAACUUGAGGCAUAUUUUAUUUAGUCAUGAAGAGCAGAUGCCUGCAAACAUUGGGAGACUAACAUGUCUUCAAACAUUGCCAUUGUUUUGUGUGGGUGCAACAAAGGGGCGUAAAAUUGAAGAACUGGGAUUUUUGAGGCUACUCAAAGGAAGAUUAUUCAUCAGUAAUCUUGAGCUUGUUAAAGACAAACCAGAAGCCAUGGGAGCAAAAUUACAUGAGAAGCAACUAUAUGACUUGACAUUGAAAUGGGGAAAAGAAGGCAAUCAUGAUAAAGAUGUUUUGGAAGGCCUCCAACCGCACGCAAGUCUACAAAGAUUACGGGUUGAGGGUUAUGGAGGUAAAAACUUUCCAUCAUGGAUGUUGAACAAUCUGCUGGAACUCACAAUCAAAAGUUGUGAGAAGUUAGAAAACAUUCCAAUAAUAGGAUUUUCAUCACUUAAGAAGCUUGAAAUUGAUCAAUGCAAAAAAUUAACUGGAAUAGCUGUUGGGACAACUGAAUUCACGUCCCUUAAAGAAUUAAGCAUACAAUGCUGUGCUAAGUUGGAAAGCAUUCCAACAAGUGCAUUACCAUCCAUUCAGACACUUAAUAUUAAAAAUUGCGAAGGACUAAGUAGCAUAGGAGAUAGCUUAUCAAAAUGCCUGGAACAUAUACCUCUAAAAGACUGUCCUAAUCUGAGGUUUCUUCCAAGUAUGGAUGGGCUUACCUCUCUUAAAUCUUUGCGUUUGUCUUCCUGUGAUGGAUUUGAAUACCUACCAAGGGGACUAUCAUCCUGCACUGCUCUGGAGAGGUUGAACAUAAAUGCAUGCAAUAGUCUGGUCUCUAUUCCAGAAGAAUUGAAGGAUUUGCGAUCUCUUGUUAAUUUAGAAAUUACAAACUGUUCUAGAUUGAGAAGCAUCCCAGAGAAGACCCUCAACUGCCUUACUGGUUUGAAGAGGUUGGGUAUCGGCGGUUUCUCAGUAGAGCUGGAGGAAUUCCCUGGUCUUAAUUCCAUCCACCACCUUCAGGCCUCCCUUGAAGGGUUGGAGUUGUGUGGCUGGGAAAAGCUAACUGAAGUGCCACGGCAGAUUCAACACCUUGCUGCUUUAAAGAGUUUGUGUAUAAUUGGCUUCAAUCAAAUAGAGACUUUGCCAGAGUGGCUGGGUGAGGUGCCAUUCUCCACAUCUCUCGAGGAGCUUACCAUAAGGAAUUGUUCCAAUCUAGUCUCUAUUCCAAAGGAGAUCAUUGGACGCCUUGCUCGCCUGAAGAAAUUAGAUAUGGGUCCUUUCUCAGAAGAGUUGGAGGAAUUUCCAGGUCUGAGUUCUAUUCAUCACCUCAAAACUUCACUUGAAGAGUUAUCGUUGCAUGGCUGGGAAAAGCUAACUCAAUUGCCACAUCAAAUUCAAGACCUUAGGGCUCUAAGGUACAUGUAUAUAAAUGGUUUCCAAGGAAUGGAAGCUUUGCCAGAGUGGUUGGAAAAAUUGUCAUCUCUUCAGGACCUGAGGAUUGUGAAAUGCAAGAAUCUGAAAUAUCUCCCUUCUGCAAAAGCCAUUCGAUGCCUCUCCAAAUUGAAAGUCCUUCUAAUUGGACACUGCCCAGAGUUAGAGAUAAGAUGUACAAAGGAAAGAGGUCCUGAGUGGUCCAAGAUUUCUCACAUUCCAGACAUCUCAAUAAAUUCUGAGGACAUCUAAUCCCAAGAUGGAGGCUUCCGAGAGGCAAGAGGCCAUAAGUGAAUAAUUAUUGUUUGGAAAGAGGAUUUAUAGAAUUCACCAAUGGAACUCCAACAUUGAUUAAGCUUCAGGCAUGGAAUUAUUCUGCCCUUGUGGAAAAUGAUUCAGCUAUUCUAUUAUUUCAGCAUAUAUGUUUAGGCAGUAGCGUAGAUGAUUAGAAGCUAAGUAGCUUCAUCAAGCAGAAGAUGAUUAUGAUUCUGACGUACUUUCUAAUUGCAAAAGAAUGGAAGAGAAGUAGAUAAUUCGGUGUGCUCUUGGAGGCCCUCAAUUUUAAUGAAUUGGGAAGAAGUCUUGCAUCUCAGAUAUGUUCCUUGAAGGAAGACUGUUGCCGGUAAGAUUUGAAGAGCAAGUUGGUGCUGGAUAUUUGCAACAUUUUUUUUGGAUUGCAUCUGCUUUUAAUAGACAGGCAGCUGAGGAAGGGUUCCCUUUGACUGCAGAGUACAGAGAAUGAUUAAGUAACAAUUGUGACCUUGGAGAGUUUUUUUUUUUUAAUUGCUUUAGAUUUUAGGUCUGCUAAAGAUCUUGAGAAACAGUCGUUGUAAUAUUCAUUUUAAUGGUGGAUUUUUUGCCCUUUUGUCCCUGGUAUCUCUCUACAUUGGAGGAUUUUCUACGUAAAUUUUGUAUUC